AUCUAGGAUCGUGCUUACAUUGAGUCGAACGACUAUAUCUUGGCUCUAUUAGAUGGACCUCUAGCAUCUAUCUUUCUGUCGAAACCCCAGUUGAUCGCCAUCGUCAUGGUGAUGAGGCUGACUGUGAGUUUGUCCUCACCAAAGUAGCCCUAUAAACAUAGACCCGACGUGCAAAUAGCGGCCAUCCCGUAUCACAGUCUUUUACCAGCCGACGGAUAUCUCGGUUUCUCAACUUCAAAUAUGCGACUACCCAGCCUUCAAUCCCGAUCAAAGCCGCGGCUUUACCUUGCCCUAUACUCCCGGCUGAAACACCCAAACUCAUACCACUAUGCACUCCACAUCCUUCUCAAAUACCCUUCGAUGGGUGCCGUUCCAACGGACGGCUCAAAGAACCACUGCAAGAACAUCAUGCAGGCCGCAGCAGACGGCCAAACCAUCAGCAUACCCUGGGGUCUACAAGUCAACUCCAGUUGGCCUGUCUGGCGACGCUAGGCUGCUUGGAAUACAUCAUUAUUCUCCAGGAUUACCCAUCGCUCAACUGCUUUGAGUGGUUCAGGUUGGCAACUGAGAGCCUUCAACAGGCUAGGUACCUUCCGAACGACGUGGUGUGGGGAUACACUUGCGUGUGCGCUGAGGAUUAGUUGAAGCGGAACAAGGUUAAUGGCAGAUGGGGUGCCUCGCCACGUGAGUUAUGCUGG